CAGCUGUCGAUCAAUUUCAGCUGCUCGUAUCGAUUGGUGAAGCAAUCCACAUUCCAUAGCGAAUCAUGCACACGAAGGACGAGAGUCGUCCGCUGCUAGACAAAGGAAUUGCCAGUCAUGGUGGCUUGGGAGACACGAGUCCGUCGGAGAUGGGAGGGGCUUUCAGCAGCGUCUUCUUCGCGUGGCUCACACCGCUCAUGGAUCUUGGCAGCAAGCGCCCCCUCGAGUUCGACGACCUGUACCAGUUGAACGCCAACAACCGCGCGGCCUACAUCUCGACAACGUUCAAGAAGAACUGGGCCAUUGAACUGACCAAACCCAAGCCACGGCUGUGGCUGGCCCUGGCGCGUUCGUUUGGCGGUCCGUUUAUCGCCGCGGGGUUCCUCAAACUUCUCCAUGAUUCGCUGCAGUUUGUGGGGCCCAUGGCGAUCAAGUACAUCAUUGCGUUCCUGAGCGACCCCACGGCCGAGUUGACCACGGGGUUGACUUACGUUCUGGCCAUCUUUGCCGCGGGCGUCGUGCAGUCGUUUUCAUUGCGGCAGUACUUUUUCCUGUGCUUUGAAACCGGGAUGCGCGUUCGAUCGAGCAUCGUCACGGCCGUGUACGACAAGUCGCUCGUGCUGGCCUCGUCGUCGAAAAAGUCGACGGGCGAAAUCACCAACCUUAUGAGCGUGGACGCCCAGCGGUUGCAGGAAAUCACCAACUACCUCCAUGCGAUCUGGUUUGCGCUGUUCCAGAUGGCUGUGACGUCAACGUUGCUGUACAUGCAAUUGGGCGUGGCAUACUUUGCCGCGUUUGCGAUCAUGGUGCUGCUCGUACCUGUGACCACGGCCGUGUCCAACCUCAUGCAGACACUCCAACAGGCGCUCAUGCAAGUCAAGGACGAACGGGUCAACGUCGUGUACGAAGUACUCCGUGGUAUCAAAGUGAUCAAGCUCCAAGCAUGGGAACACUCGUUUACGAACCGCGUCAUGCAGUUUCGCAGCAACGAGCUGAGCAAGUUGCGAGCGUAUGUUUAUGCCCGCGGCGCCGCGACGAUGGUGUUCAACGGCGUACCUACCUUGGUCACGGUCGCAUCCUUCUUUGGGUACGUGUACUUGGGCAACACGCUGGACGUCGGAACGGCGCUGACGUCCCUCGCGCUCCUUAACAUCCUGCGGUACCCGCUGUUCAUGCUUCCAUAUGUAAUCAACUCGCUGGCCGAAGCCCAAGUGAGUUUCUCGCGCUUGGAAGAGCUGCUGCUCAUGGACGAACGCGAGCCAGUGACCGCGGGACCGUUGAAGGACACCGCCAUCUUGCUCCAACAUGCUGACUUUGAAUGGGAUGCGGCGCAAGAAACCACCGACGUUGCUCACGUCGUUGCUGAGGAUGGCCCGAUUCUACACAAUGUCAACCUGAAACUCACCGACGGGAGCUUGGUGGCAGUUGUGGGGGCCGUCGGAUCUGGCAAGAGUACGCUGUUAUCUGGGAUCUUGGGCGAUGCUCGCUGCGCCAAAGUAGGCCAAGUACACCGCUUUGGGUCUGUGGCGUACGUGAGCCAGCAGCCAUUCAUCCAAAACGCCACUCUGCGAGACAACAUCACGUUUGGAUUGGCCUUCGACCACGCGCGGUACCAAACUGCCAUUCGUGUGAGCAGCCUCUUGGAAGAUCUCAAGAUUUUGCCUGGUGGCGACCUCACUGAAAUCGGCGAAAAAGGAGUCAACUUAAGUGGCGGACAGCGCACCCGUGUGGCCAUCGCCCGGGCCGUGUACCAAGAUGCGGACAUUUACUUGUUGGACGACCCGCUGGCGGCGGUGGACGCCCAUGUGGGAUCGGACAUUUUCAAGCAGUGCAUCAAGACGGCGUUGAAUGGCAAGUUGGUCGUGUUGGUCACAAACGGACUCAACUUCCUCAAGGACUGUGACUCGGUCGUGGUGCUGGAGCAGGGUCGCAUCGUCGAACAAGGAGCGUACCAGAGUUUGGUGGACAAGGUCGACGGGGUCUUGGCCAAGAUGAUGGAAAGCGUUCAAGAAGCCCCCGACAAGGAAAAAGACGACACCGACGUCCCUCGUGACAACGAUCAGGAAGAAGACGAGCGAGAACAUGAUGCGCGCCAACGCACCGAAUCCAACCGCAGCGACGUGGACACGGACAAGGUCUCCAACGCCGCUUUGAUUUCCGACGAAGACCGCAGCACCGGCGACGUGCCGUGGGGUAUGUACAAGCGCACCCGUGUGGCCAUCGCCCGGGCCGUGUACCAAGAUGCGGACAUUUACUUGUUGGACGACCCGCUGGCGGCGGUGGACGCCCAUGUGGGAUCGGACAUUUUCAAGCAGUGCAUCAAGACGGCGUUGAAUGGCAAGUUGGUCGUUUUGGUCACGAACGGACUCAACUUCCUCAAGGACUGCGACUCGGUCGUGGUGCUGGAGCAGGGUCGCAUCAUCGAACAAGGAGCGUACCAGAGUUUGGUGGACAAGGUCGACGGGGUCUUGGCCAAGAUGAUGGAAAGCGUUCAAGAAGCCCCCGACAAGGAAAAAGACGACACCGACGUCCCUCGUGACAACGAUCAAGAAGAAGACGAGCGAGAACAUGAUGCGCGCCAACGCACCGAAUCCAACCGCAGCGACGUGGACACGGACAAGGUCUCCAACGCCGCUUUGAUUUCCGACGAAGACCGCAGCACCGGCGACGUGCCGUGGGGUAUGUACAAGGUGUGGAUCGAUGCUUGUGGGGGCGUUGGGGUGGGCCUUGCCGUCGGCCUGUUGUACUUGGUCACGAGUUGCGUCAACUUGUUGGCGUCGUUGUGGCUGUCCAUCUGGGGCGAGAGGAACAGUGCCACGAGUUCCCAGUACUACUACCUGUACAUGUAUAUCGGACUCAAUGGCGUGGGCAUCGGGCUGUUGUUUGUGCAGACGUUGGCGCUGUUUCUAGCCGGCCUGCGUGGGUCCUCCACCAUGUUUAACCAGUUGCUGACCCAAGUACUUCGCGCGCCCCUGUCGUUCUUCGACACGACGCCGUUGGGCCGCAUCGUGAACCGCAUGGGCAAAGACGUGUACGCAAUCGACGAGACGAUUCCAGCGAAUUGGGGCAUGCUCCUCGGGGCGACGUUUUCGUUUAUCACGACCAUUGGCAUGGUGGUUUAUGCGACACCGUGGUUCACGGUGCUGCUGCCCCCCUUGGCGGGUUUCUACUAUGUGAGCCAGCGCUACUACAUCCGCACGUCCCGCGAACUGAAACGGCUGGACAGCAUCUCCCGAUCCCCUGUCGUGGCACUCAUGACGGAGACGCUGGAAGGCAUCCCGACGAUCCGCGCCUUCAGCGCCGAGCCACAGUUUACCACGCGCAACCACUAUUUGCUCGAUCAAAACCAAAGGGCGUACUUUUUGAGCGUGAGCACGAAUUCGUGGCUGUCGCUGCGGUUGGAACUGGCAGGCGCUGUUGUGACUGCCAGCGCCGCGCUGUUUGCCGUGCUAAACCAUGAUACAGCGCAGGCGGGGGUCGCGUUUGCUGGGCUCGCGGGGGUCGCCCUCUCGUGCACGUUGAAUGUGACGCAAAAUCUCAACUGGACCGUGCAACUCAUCAGCACGAUUCAGACGCAAAUGGUCAGCGUCGAGCGCAUCCACGCAUACACGACGAUGCAAGUCGAAGCCGACUUGGACUCCGAUCCCAUCAAAACAUUGGAGUUGGAGCAUGCCAAGUGGCCAUCCCAAGGCAAACUCACGUUUAAGGACGUGGACCUGAGAUACCGCGCAGGCCUUCCCCGAGUGUUGCGAAAGCUGACGUUUACGAUCAACGCUCACGAAAAGAUUGGGAUCGUGGGACGCACGGGCGCUGGCAAGUCGUCGCUGGUUGUGGCGUUGAUGCGAUUGGUGGAGUUAGAUGGCGGAGUUAUCACCCUGGACGACGUGGACAUUUCGACGAUCGCCACGGCGUCGAUCGAUGCCAACACGGACCGCCUGAUCCAAGAAAGCAUCCGCGACUCGUUCAAGGACUGCACGUGCCUCACGAUUGCGCAUCGCAUCAACACCAUCUUGGACAGCGACCGCAUCCUCGUGAUGGACAAGGGAUCGGCGGCCGAGUUCGACACACCCGCGCAACUGCUCAAGAACCCCAACGGCAUCUUCAAUAACCUCGUCGAACAUUGGCGUGAUGACAACAAGUCGGCUUAGCCAUGAGCUGCUGUAGAAUUAGCGCGUCGAAUCUACAUACAUGUACGGGAAAUGCAACUGCAAGAAUGACAUUUACCACUUGAUAUUUUGCUGUCUUGCAUUUCUUGCCUAUGGAAUGGUUAUACACUCGGCCAUCCAAAAUAAAU